AUGGAGGUUAAUGGGAGGGAAGAUCUUCAAGUACCUUUGCUUCAUCCUUCAGGGAGUUUUAUAAUAGAUAUUCCUGAGAAGAAAGCGAAGACAAUCACAUUCAAAAUUGGGGGUAUUAACUGUGCAUCUUGCCAAACAUCCAUAGAAUCUGCACUUUUAAAGGUUAAUGGAAUCGAGAGUGUUUCAGUGUCAUGUUUUCAAGGCCAGGCAAAGAAAAUUAAAAAAGUUGUAGAGGCGACAGAUUUUCCAGUUAGGGAGUUUCCAGAGCAAGAUAUUGCAGUAUGCAGGCUCAGAAUCAAAGGAAUGACUUGCACUAGCUUCUCUAAUUCCAUUAAAUGUGCCCUAAAAAUGAUUGAUGGUGUGAAGAAAGUAGCUGUUGGUCUAGUUCUUGAACAAGCUAGGGUCCACCGUGAUCCUAACCUCACUAAUGUUGAUCAAAUCAUCGAAGCAAUAGAAGAUGCUGGUUUGAAGCUGAACUAUCAGGCUCUACAAUUGAUAUCAACAAAACAUUGUCUAAAACUUGAAGGAGUGAGCUCUACGGAAGAUGUGACCAUAAUCCAAUCUAUCCUAGAGUCCCUUGAAAGAGUAAAUCAUAUUGAAAUGGACUUGACAAAAAACAGGAUUACGGUAACAUAUGAUCCAAACAUCACUGGUCCAAGAUCUCCUAUAUAA